UCCUCGAAUUAGCUGCUAGCAUCAUCAGAAACACCGAGGGUUGUGUAUCAACACCAGAUCCAUGAUGCUGAGCCAUUGUACUGUUUUAUGUCACGCUAUAUUGUAUUAUAUUAUCGUGUUUUUAUCUGAUAUCCCAAGCAGCAACUCUGCAGAUUGGAGUGCGUUUGAAUUUUUGAGGUUUCGCGAUCAUGACAUUUGUCACGACGCCUGAGAAAACCAAGGCUCGGUUGCGCCGCUGAGCAGCUUUUAGUGAUGGAGGUCACAACCUUGCAAACCGAGAGGCAGAUUGUUGUCAGGUACUGUGUCCGGGACCGUUUGAGCUGCAUCCGUCGCACGCUCAAUGUCUAAUGAAGGUCAGAUGCGAUGCUGAUGGGAGCACCGUCACCAUAGAGACUGAAAGUUACGUGUUACAUUACACCAUGAAAACACACUCGUGUAUGGGUUCAUUUGAAAUAGAUGACUGUUUUUCAUUUGCAGUGUUGUUAGCCAGCUCAAAUCUCAAAUCGAUCGAGGUGUUUUUUUCCCCUUUAUAUGUCACCUUGACAAUAUCACUCCACGGUAUAUAAAGAUGUGUCUGUAUACACAACAGCUCAGGGCAAUAAGUGUUGUAACUUGCCACACGACGGUGGAUGGGACCACCUGCAACAUCCCACUUGUUUGAGUUCAUGGACAAUUUGCUAAUCCAGGGCAUGUUGUCUCUUCGACCUCUGGUUUCCCUGGAAGUCGAUUCCAGGGAAACCAAUGCUCAAGUUCUAGACUGGAAAACACAGUUUGUGCUCUAACCGUGCUUUUCUGGAUUCAGAUGAACUUUCUAACAAAUAACUUACGUGUGGAAGUAAUAAUAACAAUAUCAUAUCUUUGUUAUGUUUGUUGUUGUUCAGAAAGAUUGUUAGGUGGAUUAAUUCUGCUCUGACAAUACUUCUAGUCUGUAUAUAAACUUCAGGUAAAAUAAUCUCUAACAAAGGAAAAAUCCUAGUGUUUGAUUUCUAAACUAAAUACCUAUGGUUGAAUGAGAUCAAUAUGAGAAACACUGAAGGGAUUUAGCCUCUGGGUUGUUCCCAGACAGCCAAUAUUCUACAAUGGGAGCGGGAUUGUUGUGAUUUAAAAAAACAGACAAAAAGAGGGAGAACAAAAUGUCUCUGUUUAUAAAGUGAUAAUGUACAAGCCACAACAAAACUUUUGUUUGUACUGUAGAAAGGAAACAGUGAAGACAUUGCACUGGAUAAUUUUGUGUCUGGUGCCUCAGAAUCACCGUACAACUGCGCUCAACCCCCAAUCUUUUUAGUCACUUACUUUGUAACUCAAAUAAUUUUCCUAUGGAUUACACAGAGCUCAAACUCAGGUAGCUGAAUAUUUUCCAGUGAAUCCCGUGUUUGUGAUGUUUAUAUUUUUACAUAAGCUGCUGUUUGGUGCAACCAGGUGUGAUCUUGAGCACCUCAAAUGUUAAACCUAAACUGUUUUUCCAUUCUCAGUCAUGGCCCCAGGCAGCCAGUUUGACCUGCUUCUAUCUGUUCUUGUAGUUGAGCCUGGUGACUUGUUGGUACAUUUGUUUUGAAAUGAAGAGUUCUGCUUCCAUCUUGGUAUCUCGGUGUUGUGUAGUUCUUCAAUAGUAGUUCUCUUCAUUCUCUGAGGCGAGACAAUAUCUCCACUACCACUAGGAUCUGGCCCGAAAGAGCUGAGAUGAACUCAAAUGAACCUCAAGAGCAGUAUCGCUUACAUGCCAAGAACCCAAAUGCCAGAAGGAGCAGGAGGCUAAAUAAAAGUUGUGACAUCAAAAUUCCAGUUGAAAGUAGAAGAUAAACAAUGAAAGAAAUGAAAAACCAGAGUUCAUGGACAUGGUGUUGAACUGACCGGUGUAAAGAAUUUGUGCGCUGAGAAUUCUCAACAAAUGUUUUUUUUUUUUUUCCAUCGGGCUAUGAGCGCCUCUGGCACGUCCCUGGCUAAUGAGGGGUUAAAAAUGUUUGUCAGAUUAUCCACCCACGUGCUUGUUCCUCUGUGAGUAUUCCACUAAAGCCGGCAUGCUGGCGUGCAGCCCGCCACUUGUCCCUCCAGCAGCAUGUGAGUGAGUCACUGACGGAUUGAUUUGUGGCGGGCUGCUUCUCGGCAGUCCAGCUGGUGAGGUCUGCUUGGCCAGCAGCUCACCGGCCGCAAUGUCCCCCUGGCGUCCACACUGGACUCAUCUGAUCUGAUGCUCUUCAGUCAUUCCUGCUGCUGGGCUAAUAAAACUCAGCCUAGCACAAUAACGUGGUAUCAAACUCAGGGAGACUCGCAUUUAACACCUUGAAAACCAAGGAAAAUACGUUUAUUCUGAGGUCAUUGUCUUAGCUACUUGCAAAGGGCAAAUUGAAUUGUAACAUCACGGAAACAAAAUGGAGUUGAGUUUGGUUAUAAGAAAUUUAGAGAGCAGGGUCAUGGUCUCUGCCUGUUUUAUUUUUUGUAGAAAGGUCACAUUUGUAUGCAAUGCAGAAGCAGAAAGCACUCUAGAGUCGUGCUGUCUCUUCAACUGUGUGAUCACAAGAUCUUAAUUUGCAAUUAAUGAGCCAGCCAGAUGUUGGAGCUCACCUUCGACCUCUCAACCUUCACGGACGUCAUCACACGCACCGUGUCUUGGCUCUUACAGCCUUGUUAAAACACGGCUUCAGUUGCGGUGAGUUUCAUGUGUAUUGUUGGUCGACGUUUUCAUGCUGAUCAUUUUUUUCUUUCAGAUUUCUAACCUUGACGCUUCUUUUCCCCCCCACAUGUGAUGUAGUUCCUAGUGGAGGGAACUGCAACUCCUCCUGUUUUGUGAUUGUCUUUUUGUCCUUCAUGUUACUAAGCAUUGGUGCCAGUGAUGCAGCAGGUGAAGGGUCUUGCAGGAAUGUACAAUUCAUAAAUGCCCAGAAGUACAUAGAACUUUAGAUGAAUGACUGUUCUGCUCCUAUUGUCCAUUUAUUUGUCUGUGUGAAGAGGUGCAGCAUACUUUAUAUAGUGUCUUCCUGUAGUCCAACCCAAGCUCUUCAUGAAAACAGUGCAUGCCGUGGUUCAAUAUUGCUGACCGUUAUUGUGAUGCUUUAUGUUGCUGAAGACUUGUUACUAAUGGCGUAUUCCCUCUGCACACACUCAUCCUCUCUCUCUUUCUAUCUCUUCUUCUGUCUCUCUGUCUUUCUCUCUCUCUCUCUCCAUGUCGUUGAUCUGCUUGAUUUGCAUUUGAGAAGAAAGGCGGGUAUCCUGCCCAGCCUGGAGGACCUGCUCUUCUACACCAUCGCAGAGGGACAGGAGAAGAUCCCGGCUCACAAGUUCACUACAGCCCUUAAAGCCACAGGACUUCGCACCGGAGACCCCCGCUUGAAAGAAUGUAUGGAGAUGCUGAAGGUCACUUUAAAGACCACGUCGGACGGAGCUCUUGACCAUCACCUCUUCAAAAAGUGCGUCCAGAGCAACAUCGUCCUGCUGACUCAGGCCUUCAGAAAGAAGUUUGUCAUCCCCGACUUCCAGCCCUUCUGCCGACAUGUAGACGAGCUGUACGAGAACGCUAAAAACCUCUCUGGGGGUCAGGUGGCCGACUACAUUCCUCAGCUGGCUCGCUUCAGCCCGGAUCUCUGGGCCGUGGCCUUGUGCACUGUGGAUGGCCAGAGGCACACCAUGGGCGACACCAAAGUUCCUUUCUGUCUGCAAUCGUGCGUGAAGCCGCUCAAGUAUGCCAUCGCCGUUCAUGACCACGGGACCGAGUAUGUCCACCGAUUCAUCGGCAAGGAGCCCAGCGGGCUGCGAUUUAACAAGCUCUUCUUGAACGAGGACGAUAAACCGCACAACCCCAUGGUGAACGCCGGCGCCAUCGUCUGUACCUCCCUCAUCAAGCAAGGAGCCAGCAAUGCAGAGAAGUUCGACUAUGUCAUGAAUUUUAUGAACAAACUGGCAGGAAACGAGUACGUUGGCUUCAGUAACGCCACGUUCCAGUCGGAGCGCGAGUCUGGCGACAGAAACUUUGCCAUUGGCUACUAUCUGAAGGAGAAGAAGUGUUUUCCAGAAGGGACCGACAUGACGUCCAUCUUGGACUUUUACUUCCAGCUGUGUUCCAUCGAAGUGACCUGCGAGAGCGCCAGCGUCAUGGCUGCCACUCUGGCCAAUGGCGGCUUUUGUCCUAUCACGGGCGAGCGCGUGCUGAGCCCCGAGGCUGUGCGGAACACGCUGAGUCUGAUGCAUUCCUGCGGCAUGUACGACUUCUCCGGACAGUUCGCCUUCCACGUGGGACUUCCUGCCAAAUCCGGCGUGGCUGGUGGCAUCCUGCUGGUGGUCCCCAAUGUGAUGGGCGUCAUGUGCUGGUCUCCUCCUCUGGAUAAACUGGGGAACAGCGUGAGGGGCAUCCAGUUCUGCACGGACCUGGUUUCCCAGUUCAACUUCCAUAAUUACGAUAACCUGAGACACUUUGCAAAGAAGCACGAUCCUCGCAGAGAGGGAGGAGACCAGCGGGUCAAGUCGGUGAUCAACUUGCUGUUUGCAGCCUACACCGGCGACGUCUCCGCGCUGAGGAGGUUUGCUCUGUCAUCCAUGGACAUGGAGCAGCGAGAUUAUGACUCCAGAACCGCACUGCACGUCGCCGCAGCCGAAGGUCAUGCUGAGGUGGUCCGCUUCCUCCUGGAGGCCUGUAAAGUCAAUCCAGUUCCCAAAGACAGGUGGGGAAACACACCAAUGGAUGAGGCGGUUCACUUCGGCCAUCAUGACGUGGUCACCAUCCUGCGAGACUACCACAACCAGUACAGUCCUCCCGACACCCCCAGCGACAAGGACAAUGCAGAGAAAAACCUGGACGGGAUGCUGUGACAUCACACACAGGACGUCCUGCUAAACACCUCCCCGCAAAUGAUGAGCCCCCCGUCGUGACGCUGUACACUGUCGUGCUCCCAAAUCUUUUGUACCUCUGUGUCGGGCUGGACGCUGGGAUCGUUCAGCUGCGGCUGCUUGUUUCUCACAUGGUGGAAUGUAACGUUCCCUUGUGUGUGUGUGUGCGUGUGUGUAUCUGUCGUCACACUGGCUGUUUAUUUAUGUAUUUAACAGAAAGUGUCUAAGUCACUCAAACACAUUUUUACUUGACUAUUUAUUUCUUCUUUUUUUAAAUUCCAAGGCUGACAUCAGGAUAUCAGACUGACCGCAGUUUUUCCUUUACUCACUGCUAUAAGAAGACGAUUUCACGCCAAAAAAAAAAGUCCCAACUUUGUGUUUCUUCAGUUUAAUUGAAAUAAUGAAAAUCCUAAUUGAGUUGUGUGUAGCAUUCCUGGCGUCGCUCAUGUUAUUCUUCUGAUUUUGUAAUAUGAAUGAAGUGCAAAACAUGUUUCUGGUUUUAACCAAAAACAAAUGAAUGACAUCACCUUUCUGUGAAGCGCAAACGUUUUAAUGUAAAGUGACAAAAUGUGAUUUUUGUGACGGUGAUUUUAAGGACGGCUGAUUGUUUUUGUGAAUUUUUCUGUGCAGGUAAAAUAAAAAAUAUAUAUUAUUGUCUCUUCACAAGUCUGUCGCGAAGCUGUCGUUGACUGACCGUGAUCAUACUCAGAAUGUUCAUGGUGUUUCAGUUGGAUUCAUUGCACAUGGGUUUUAAGGUGAGCCACUGUACAGUUGACCAGCA